CACAGUUAGACAGGAGUAGGAACACUCCUCACACACUGUGGGGGGAAGAGAUAUAAAAGGGCUCCCAGGGAGAACGAGCGCUCAGGCAAGCGUCCCAGCGUCCGUCCUGCGAACUUCCACACUGCCGUGCGUCGCCGAGUGUGUUUGUGCGAGUGCGUGAGUGUCAGACAGAAGUCUCCUACACGAAGGAUUAUUUUUUGACAGGUCUUUUUUUUUUGAUUGAAGGAGGUAUGGACUUGAUGGGGCCAGUUGAAGAGCCGCUGACGCCCGACUGUUGUUGAACCUGUGAGCGGUUGCUUGGUUUUAGUCUCUCUCUUCUUUUUUUCGUUCAAAUUCGGUUGUUAACUCCUCUCCCUCAGAGUCGUUUUCUUUUGCUUCCACGACGGGGAGUCAAGAGGUGACUCUGGAGCUGCUUGCAGGGGAAUCUAAGCAGGAGCAGAGACUGUAUCCCUCUGAGCUGCCACUGCUCUGAGUGUAUUUUUGUAUUUCUGUUCUCUGUUUGAUCACUUGACGCUCUGAGGCGGGAUGGACACCUCGGCUCUGUCAGAUGCAGACUACAAUCAGACUUAUGUGGACGAGCACUUUUACUACGAGGACAAUAUCGAUGCCUUUGGCGUCACCAUGGCCAUCCUCUACCCGGUCGUCUGCCUCCUGGGACUGGCCGGCAACUCCCUCGUCGUCGUCGCCAUUUUGAAACUGGACAGGAUGUCAUCUUCCACCACGGUGUACAUUUUCAACCUGGCCCUGGCGGACGGCCUCUUCAUGGUCGGCCUGCCUUUCAUAGCGAGCCAGAACUUCCACAACCGCUGGAUGUUCGGCGACGUGGCGUGCAAAGUGGUCAUGGUGCUGGACGGCAUCAACCAGUUCACCAGCGUCUUCUGCCUGACGGCGAUGAGCGUCGACCGCUACAUGGCGCUGGCCGACCCCCUUCGGUUUGCACGCUGGCGAACGCCGCGCUGCGCCAAGAUCGUGUCGGCCUUCCUGUGGCUGUUCUCGCUCCUCACCAUUCUCCCCAUGGCGCUCCACUUCUCAGCCGAUCGAGGCCUGUGCAUACCCGAGCUGGUGUCGGACGCCUGGUGGCUCAGCGUGCUCUCUUACACCUUCGCCAUAGGGUUCGUUUUGCCGUUCACCGUGAUGACGGCAUCCUACGCGGCGCUGCUACUCACCCUGCGCUCCCAGCGACUGCGCGCCGCGACGCCGAACCGCGAGAGCCACCGGCUGGAGCGGCAGGUCACCAGAAUGGUGGUGGCGGUGGUGGUUGUGUUUGGCAUGUGCUGGCUGCCGUUUUACACCUUCAACUUCUGCUCCUUGUAUCAAAGUGGCCUGGUCCUGACGUUCGCCCGAGCUUUUGAGUGCGUGGUCCUGCUGUCGUACUCGUGGAGCUGCGCGAACCCCAUCCUCUACGCCUGCCUCUCCGACACCUUCAGGAGGCACUUCCGUACCCUCCUCUGUCCCGUGGCCAAGUCAUCUCCCAGCAUGCAAUGCAACACUGAACGGUAUGACAUAAACGACUCAGGCAUGCGGGAUGUCACCAUACUGGCAUAGAGAGAAGACUAAAAGCUGAGUCGACAUUUAUUUCUUUUUCCUGUGAUGAUGCAUUUAUGCUUUGCAUCUUUCAACUUAUUUACUCAUUUCAUUGCAAUGAAUCCACUUUUUGUCCGCUUGGAAACAGUUACAGAUAUAUUAUUUGCUCCAAGAAUGAAGUUGAACAUAUUUUUUUUUAUAGUUUAUGUCCAACAGUAGCGGUUGAGUUUGCUUUCUUCCUGACUGUAAAUCAAGAUGUGCGUGAAUUUUGUUCACACCUGUCUCGAGUGCAUGUGUCUGACAGGGGUGUCAGCAGACUUCCGUUAAUCGCACACGUCACUGUUUGAGUACUGGCUGUGAAUCAUUCUGCCCAGCAGUAAAGUUUGACCUGUCCUGUGUACAUGAAAGUGUUGGCUUUGUACUUUGCAAUUUCUGUAAAGUAGAAACUGAAAAGUUUGUGUAAGGAAAAAGAAAGGUUUAAAGUAUGCCCAUCAAAUGGCAUAAUUCCUUUUGACAUAAUUUCCAUAAUGCUCUUUAUCCUACAAAUCCCCCGUCUUGUUCGAGUGCAGGCCCACCUCACACUCUGUCUGACUUACAAACUUGUCGUGUAAUUUGUCUUCUAAUAAUGCAGACUGCUGGGCUGAGCUGCUUCUAGCGCCUCUCCUUGUACUGCUUUUCACCAGACUCUAAUGAAAUGAGGCACGAGAGGCUCGAAGUGUGGACAGGUGGAGUGUAAACAGCAUAGCGUGGGUCACAUGCCUCUGGCCAAACACCAGCAUACAAGGACACACACAGACAGACAGGCCCCUCGACUCCCACAGCUGGAUUGUGUCCUGGUGACUUUCCAGUGGAGGACAGUGUCAGACGUGUGUGUGUGUGUGUGUGCUUGUGCCUGGGUGGCCAAUGGCAUGCAUCUGAACACAUGCUUGCGGAGAGCCCUGUGUGUGUCUUAGGCUAAUGUGUAAGAUAUAUUUAUUUUUCUUCAAACAUGUGCUUGCAUCGAACACUCGCUUUACGUAAAUGUUCCCAUGUAUUACAUGUGUUGCUGAAGGUUACCUCUAGAGGGCACACGAGAGCCCUCAGACCUUAUAGAACUGCUAGAUUUGCAUUAUGCCAACGAUAGACAUGGUGACACUUUUCAUGUAAUUUUAUGACGAAAAAAAAAGGUUUCUGUGAGGCAACUGAUGACCGGUGGACAAAACACACUGUCAGCGCCGUCCCCGCUCUGUUUGUCCAACAUUCUUUUAGCCGUUCAAAGACGUAGCGCUCUCGGGAUUGUUUCCAUUUGUAUCCGCAGGUUUCCGCACUGACUUCUAAAAAAUGGUCAUCGGCUAAUUUGACAGUGUGCUUGCGCCAAUGACGCAUCAUGCAGAUUUUUGGUAAUUGCUGACUUUGUCUAUUCGCUUGUCUUCAAACCUUUUCCGCAAUGCUGCCUCUACAAUGCCCCAACAGUUCAUGUGCAUAUUGCAUCUUGUUUACACGUCAGGUUAAUUUCUGAGGACGGGCGCAAUCAACUUACCAGACGGACGCAGGAUACACAAGGCAGCCACCAUAUACACGCGAACCUGUAGUUAGUAAUCCAUAGAAGCACUUGUCUUACAGAGUGUUAUAUGUAAAUAAAUAUUGGCACUUGUAAUUUUGUACAGUCAGCUUAAAACUUCGACAUUUUUAAAAGAGGCGUCGGGUUGAGCUUGAUGAAAAAGGCUUCGCCAUAUGAGCCAGUCUCAGUGUAAUCAGUCAAAUAGACAAUUACCAGAAUUAAAAAGGAAGUAUAUCCAUGAAGUGGCAAUCACGUGCAUAUUGUACUUAACUUUCAUUCAUUUCAGUCAUUGGUGGCAUUAACAUGCAUCCUGGUUGACUGGAUUAAAAUGUAUAAAAAAAGGUCAGAUUUAAACAGCUUCAACAUAGACAGCGGGAUCCAAUCGCAUGAUCUGACCAAUCAACAAACAUGUUUUUGCACACAGAUGCAAACAAACAUACAAACACCCUCGUCAAAGGUGGACGGCCAGAACGGCCGUUGGGUGUCAAGUGUCAGUGGUGUAAAUAUGUGUAUAUGAAAAUUUUUAUCUGUGAUAAUCUGUAUAUUGUAGAGAUAAAGAUACAACUGAUAUGUGAUUAUCAUUUCAUAUUUGUAUACCACAGAUAUUAGUGCCCCAUUAUAAAACUGGGCGUCAGUGUAAUCCAGUUCAACCACAUCUGGACGCAUAUGUUUUGGACAGCGGAUGAUGUUACUGAGGCUGUGAAUCAGGACAUGUUGCUGCGGCUAGGACUUCACACAUCACUUCAUAUUAAUCAGUAUCACAGCUGCCCCACUUUCUUUUGUGCCUUUUUAAAAAAUUUUUUUAGAUGUCAUUGUGAUAUAUUUUGCUAAUAAUAAAUGUUUGGAUUCUUUCCAAAAACAA